GCUCUCCUUUUUCGGAGCUGCAACACUUGGCUUGAAGCGAAGUCACGGGGGGAGACCGUCGUGACAUUGGUUGUGAGGCCGGCGGCUCUCCGCGGCGCGGCUCCCCUUUCCCGGUGCCCAUGUUUUGGCUUCGCGUCGCCUCACUAACUCAAAUAUAUAUUCGUUGAAUUUAAGUAUGCUGUUGUUUUAUACACGGGGGGCGGGGGGACCACAAAUGAUUAUCUUCUUCUUUCUCCAUGUUGAGAAUGAAGUGCAGGAUCUCUCUCUUCUCGCCAGCCCCUGACGAAUAUCUCUUAUCACGAUCGGUGUAACUUAGAGCGGUAUAAAAAGAGCAGCACAAAGCUGGGGUCAGACUUUUUGGGAGAAGGAGACGACAAUGGAGAAAACAGUCAAGUUUACCCUCUCCAUAUGGUUGAUCUUCACGGCCAUAAGCUCCACUGAGGGGCAAGCAGCGACUGCGUGUACCUCAUGUACAAGCGACAAAAGCCCGACGCAGAAGAGCCAAGGCCCAAGUUCCUCGCGGCCGACAGCGACCACGCCGAUGCCGCUCAGCUCCUCGACAUCAAGCGCAGCCUCACCCUCACCGUUAUCCACCGUCGCAGUAUCAGCCAUCGCCACCGCGUCAAGGCGGCCCACGGCAUCCUCCGAAACCGACUCGAGCCCAACUCCGGCAGCAUCCCCCAGUGGGAUCUCCUCUAUCAGACCUUCAGACACAACAUUAAAAGCAGGGACUACUUCUUUGUUUGGCGUAUGUAGUCCAAUGCUGGUGUGUGUCAUCUCUUUUCUAAUCUGCAACGCGUAGACUGUGAGACACGCUUAACAAACGUAAUGACAACGUAAUACUGUAAAACGCGAUAUUUGUGCCUUGGUGACUUUGUUUGAUCACAGCAACAACAUAGAAAAUUUCCGUCAUUCACGAUGUACAAAUAA